AAUUGGCUUCGUUAUCUUUUCCUCGGUGCCCGUUAACUGUCAACACGGAUUUGUAUUGAGACAAAACCUGCUCGGCUUUCUCAUAAACCGAAGAAGAUGGUGGAAAGAGACGUGUUUCCCUCAAUCAUCCCGGAAUAAAGCUCUGUAUUUGUGGACUUUUUACCGAUUUGGUGAGGUGUGGACGGCAGGAUGCCCGUGGAGAGCUCGAGCAGCGCGGCCUCGCGUCAGGCCAAGCAGAAGAGGAAGUCCCACAGCCUGUCCAUCCGCCGGACCAACAGCACCGAGCAGGAGCGCUCGGGCCUGCAGAGGGACAUGCUGGAGGGACAGGACUCGAAGCUGCCGCUGUCUCUGAGGAGCAACCUGCUGGACCUGUUCAGUCAGAUCGAGCGGGAGUUUGAAAACCUCUACAUAGAAAACCUGGAACUGCGCAGAGAAAUCGAGACGCUGAACGAUCGCUUGACUGGAGAGGGGCAGACGUUCGAAGGGACCGACUUGGCUAAAGGAGCCCUGAAGACAAAAGCCAGUCACAGCACCAGUCAGCUGUCUCAGAAACUGAAGACGACCUACAAGGCUUCCACAAGCAAGAUCGUGUCUAGUUUCAAAGCGACCACGUCCAGAGCCGUGUGCCAGCUGGUCAGGGAGUACGUGGGACACAGGGACGGCAUCUGGGACCUCAGCGUCUCCAGGACUCAACCCGUGGUGCUCGGCACAGCCUCUGCAGAUCACAGUGCGAUGUUGUGGAGCAUUGAGACGGGAAAGUGCCUCCUCAAAUACAUGGGCCAUCAAGGAUCAGUCAACUCCAUCAAGUUCCACCCAACCGAGCAGAUGGCUCUGACAGCGUCCGGAGACCAGACCGCUCACAUCUGGAGGUACAUGGUGCAGCUGCCGACUCCUCAGCCCGUCGCCGACGUCAGCCAGACGCCCUGCGGCGACGACGACGUGGACUUCUCGGACAAGGACGAGGCGGACGGCGAGGUGGAGGGGCCCAACGACUGCCCGUCGGUCCGCGUGGCGACCACGACUCUACGCAGCCACCAGGGGGUGGUGAUCGCCGCCGACUGGCUGGUCGGGGGCAAGCAGGUGGUGACGGCGUCCUGGGACCGGGCGGCCAAUUUAUACGACGUGGAGACCUCAGAGCUGGUCCACUCGCUCACUGGCCACGACCAGGAGCUGACCCACUGCUGCACACACCCCACCCAACGUCUGGUGGUCACCUCGUCCAGAGACACCACCUUCAGGCUGUGGGACUUCAGAGACCCGUCCAUCCACUCGGUCAACGUGUUCCAGGGACACACCGACACGGUGACGUCCGCUGUCUUCACGGUGGGGGACAACGUGGUGUCCGGCAGCGACGACCGAACCGUCAAAGUGUGGGACUUGAAGAACAUGAGGUCGCCCAUAGCAACCAUCCGCACCGACUCUGCCGUCAACAGGAUCAGCGUGUCGGUGAACCAGAGAAUCGUCGCUCUUCCUCACGACAAUCGGCAGGUCCGACUGUUCGACAUGGCCGGCGUCAGACUGGCCCGACUCCCGCGGAGCAACAGACAGGGUCACCGGCGCAUGGUUUGCUGCUCGGCCUGGUGUGAAGACAACACCACCUGUAACCUGUUCACCUGCGGCUUCGACCGCCAGGCCAUCGGCUGGAACAUCAACAUCCCCGCCCUCCUGCAGGAGAAGUGACCUCCUCCUCCUCCUCCUCCUCCUCCUCACAGUGAAGUAGAACCAAACCCACCGGUCGGGUUAGAAGGCGGCUCUGGGGAAAUGUCGUUUUUUUUGGUCUUUUUCGUUUAGUUCAGUUUGAAAACAGCGGGACUAGAACCGAGCGGCCGUCUUUUAUCCUCCAGGAGGUUUUAAAUGAUCUGUGAGAUCCUGUGAGAUAAAGGAACUCAGCUGGAAAAAACGUCCCGCUCCCCUAAAUCCACCGCCGCCAACAUCCACCGAGCAGAUCGUAGAUAAACGCCGUGAGCCACUGAGACGUAACACAAAAAAAAAAAUACGCUUUUAAAUGAGUUUCACACAUAUCUGCUCGAAAAGCUGCAAAUCUAAUCUGUGAAACUAACAGCGACACGUUAAUGCUGCUUUCUGCCGCUAAUUCCUUCUUUUCUCUGUAAGUUCACAUCAGGAUGUUUUAACUUCGUCUUUCACUCAGACGCAGAACGGAGGAAAAGUUUGACCCCAAUCAAAACCACUUGUGCAUCAUUUAUUCAACACAACGCAGCACAACGUUAUUUUGAGCUAACGCCGCUCGUAUCACAUCCCGUAUAUGUUUUAUUUAUUUAUUUUAUAGUCGUUUCCACUAACGAGAAUCUUUAAAAGGAGUUUUUCUGCUACUCUGAUCCAGAAACCAGGUUUUUACAGAGGUUUAAUGUUUAAUACAUCGUUCAGAGCCUGAUUUAUAGAACAUUUUACUUCUAAAAACACUUCCUCUGUAAAAACCUGGAACGAAACAAGAAUUUUAGCCAUUAUUCACAUUUCUGUUGUGGAAAUUUAUGCAAAUUAGUGCAUAAUUUAAGUACAUUAUUUUCAUUAUGGGGCGUUUUUCCAACCGGAAACAGAAAAAUAAAUCCCUUUACACACAAACCAGAGACAUUUCGUUGGCAACAAAUUAAUCUCCAACUCGUUUCUCUUCUGUUUGUGGCCUCGUUAGGCUCCGCCCCCAAAUUCAUCAUAGAAAAAGAAUUAAAAAAAAAAAAGCUCUGUCCGGCUUCCAGGUUAAAAAUAAAACACCACUCGUGUCGAUGAAUGUGUCUGAAAUGUUCGGGUUGUGUCUGAUGACCAGUGUGUGUGUGUGUGUGUGUGUGUGUGUCCGUGCGGUGACGUGGGUUCAGUUUGUGUCGUGUUGUGUUUUUAAAAACACAAACACGUUUCCUGUUCGGACGCUUUGUCGCAGCAACGAGAUUCUCUCAACGAAUCUGUCCACACGUCAUGAUUGUAAAACCUCGGUCCCGUUUUAUCGCAGUGCCCUUUAGUCGUUAGUGUGUGAACACUGUUGUGGGGGUUGUGUAUGUGUGUGUGUGUGUGUUAUGGUACUUAAAGAAAACAAAAAAAUAAUAAUCUGUUGAGGAGUUAUCGUGGUGCGUUCGCUGUCACUUGCUCUGCUUUUCCACUGCCACUAAAACACUUAGCCAAAGCUGCAUUUAAGGGAGUGUGUGUGUGUGUGUGUGUGUGUGUGUGUGUGUGUGUGUGUGUUGAGGUCUUCUCUGGUGCGACGGUUCAGUCUAAAUAAUUAAAACUGUUAAAUGUUGUAAUGGGUUCGAGUUCGAGCCGCGGUGAACGAGCACAGCUCAUCAUGGACACUGUUCGUCUGGCUUUAGAUUCGUGGCGCGUUCACUGCGUUGUUGUUGUUGUUGCUGUUGUUGCUGUUGUUGUCGCUGUUGUCGCUGUUGUUCACCGCUACUUUACGGCUGCCUUUUGCUUUUCUAACGAACGAAGCCUUAGAAAAACCACGUCUGCUGAGAACUAGUAGAUCUCAGCGGGAGUAAAGACGUCACCAGGCACCACCUCCUCCUUUAAAACCGUAACAUUUGUACGAUAUAAAUUGUAAUAUAUAUAUAUGUAUAGUAUAUUUCAGCUGCAGCAGUUUAUUAUUAGCCUUUAUAACAUGUUUUUUUGUUUCAUGUAAAUCCAUUUUAUCGCUUCGUGACGGGUGACGCUUGUUUGGACGUUCGACAUAAAAUUCAUUCUCUCAUUUAUUCCAGCGAUGGCAAGAAGCAAAAAAUGACCAGACGAGGUUUUAAUUCUCAAAUCCCAGAUGAUUUAUUUAAUAAUCAGACAUUUCUUUACAUUUAUAUUUAUGAAUUUUGCAAAUUUGGAGCGUCGUAGUUUUUUUUUGGAACAGUUUUUUUCUGUUGUUUUCUGUUUUUUUUCCAUCUGAUUGGCUCAUUAGCUUCGUGAACCAGAGCCACACUUCCUGUUUCCAAUUUUGGACCACGGAUGAAGACUACUGCCCCCUGCUGGUCUGGAGAGGUGCUUCCUCUCCCCCAGGUGAACUCAGCUUCUCGUACCUUUUAAACCCGUUACCGUCAAAUUUAACAUUUUCACCAUUUACCACAAACCUUUUAUCGGUUUCUUACACUCCAUCGUCCUUUUACCUGAAAUCCUUUUGAACUUAUAAGCACAAGCAGCCGUCUCUGGUUUAAAUGAGAAGUUUGUCCACCUGUGUGUGUGUGUUAAUGACUGUGAAUGUCGAACCUUCACCCCGUAACGUUUUCUUUGCAGACAUUUUUUUUUUUUUUUCCUACCAACACUGAGCCACUUUCUUACCACGUUCAUAAGUCGCCAGUUAAAACCGAAGCUUCGGUCGCACUCGUUCAGAACCAGAUCUCGUCGUCUUUGUCGAAGCCUCGUAAAAAACUGUGGCUCCUCGGUGUUAACAGUGUUUUGUGUGGUUGAUGUAAAACGACAAACGUCACAGCUCAGUUCUAAAAGAAACGUUGUGGAUUUUUUUAGCUGUGUAACGAGGAAACGAGCACAAGAUCCGCUUGUGGAAUUAAAAUAAACCAUUUGCUGUUUGAA